UGAUCUGUCAGCUGUCAAAAAUUAAAAAAAAGUGUUCCUGAUAGAUAACAAAUAUAAAAAUAGUUUAAAAUAGUCGUAUUGGUUGGUUUGUGUUUAAUAAUUGUUCAAAAAUGAGUUCUGUAAAGCAAAAUGUAAGGGUGCCAAAAAGGACUCCUAUUACGGAAGAUUAUGAAAUUACUAAGCAAGUACUGGGUUUGGGUAUUAAUGGUAAAGUUGUCGAAUGUUUCUCAAAACGGACCAGAGAAAAAUACGCUCUGAAGAUUUUAGUUGAUAGUGUAAAGGCUCGAAGGGAAGUUGAACUUCAUUGGAGAGCCAGUGGGUGCAUACACAUUGUCAAUAUUAUUGAUGUAUACGAGAAUAAAUACAAUAACAAUACAUGUCUACUCGUCGUAAUGGAAUGCAUGGAAGGGGGAGAAUUAUUCCAAAGAAUACAAGACCGCCCCGAUGGAGCUUUCAACGAAAGAGAGGCUGCCCAAGUGAUGCACGAAAUAUGCAUUGCCGUAAAAUUCUUGCACGACUUAAACAUAGCACAUCGCGACUUAAAACCUGAAAACUUACUGUAUUCCAAAAAAGGCUCUUACGGAGUACUUAAGCUGACGGAUUUCGGUUUUGCCAAAGAAACUCUAGUUAAAGACACGCUUCAAACCCCCUGCUACACCCCUUACUAUGUGGCGCCCGAAGUGCUCGGUCCCGAGAAGUACGACAAAAGCUGUGAUGUCUGGUCCAUGGGGGUUAUCAUGUAUAUAUUAUUGUGCGGUUUUCCGCCUUUUUAUAGCAACCAUGGUCUGGCUAUAUCGCCGGGAAUGAAAAGUAGGAUUCGUAUGGGUCAAUACACUUUCCCUGAUCCCGAAUGGCAAAACGUCAGUCAGGAUGCAAAGGAUUUGAUUAAAGGAAUGUUGAAUAUUCAUCCCGGUGAAAGGUUUACCAUUGACCAAGUGAUGCAUAAUAGAUGGAUUGCACAAUACACUGCAGUUCCGCAGACGCCGCUGCACACCAAUAAGAUGUUGAAGGAAAGUUUCGAGAUGUGGCCGGAGGUGCAAGAGGAGAUGACGCGUUCUUUGGCCACGAUGAGGGUCGACUAUGAUCAAGUACAAAUGAAACCGUUAGAAAAUUCCAGUAACCCUCUGUUAAACAAACGCCGUAAAAAGGUCACCGCCGCGAAAUAGUGAAAUUUAAAGCUUUUUUUUUUUUAAAUAACUAAUUUAUAGAAGAAAUAAUGUUGCCUUAGUACUAUGAACAAAUUAAUACAUAAGCUCAAGCCAGUACUUUAGUUGUCUUUUGGUAUUUUUGUAAUGUUUUAAUUACAUUUUGCGUUAUAUUUUAUUUUAGUGUUAUGCAUCACAUUGUCAGAAAACCCUAAAUUUUUAGUGCAAUAUAUUCUGACAACUUUAUUUGACUCAAAAAGUAUUAAAUUUGACUUACGACUAUUUGAGUUACAUAUCUACUUAACAAGUGAAUAAAAGUAUUAAUAUAUUUACAGUUAUUGCUUUUAUUUAUUUAAUUAAUUAAGACUCAAAGGAAUUUAUAUACAGAGUGAUUAGAUUUUAGGAUGCCUUCAGAGAUAAUUUACACGCCCUGUAUAUGUAUAUUAAAAGAAAUUGUAACGUUCAAACUAACUUUUUUAUUAUUAAUAGUGCCUUUAAUAACAAAACCUAAGACUUAAUAAUACAACAAGGAACUACGCGUGUUAAAAGUAAUUUUUAUAUGUUGAAUAGUGAUAAUAUACAAGGUUAAAAAGUUUUAUUUUCAUUUAAUAUAUUGUAGUAAACAAGAACUGUACUUUAGAUUGUAAUUUAAUAGUGAAAUUUAUUUUGAAUUCACCUUGUAAUAUUUUUGGCCCAUGAACUGAGUAUACCUUAGAAUCAAAGCUAAAAAUAAUUCAAGAUCAAACCGUUUUUUUCCUUGUAUAUAUAUUUUGUACUAUUUUGUUCAACUGCUAGAGAAGUUUUUCAGUACAUACUGACUUAUGCCUAAAAACAUAUGUAAUUUUUUCAACUUCUCUGACAGUUUUAUUCCCGAA